ACCGGUCUAAAAAUGGACCAGUCUAACAUGAGCAUAAUUGCAGCAUGACAGUUCUUGCGCGUUAGUAGUGGUAGGUAAAAUAGAGGUAAGAUGAGAGUAAAUAAGCGAUAGAUUGAUAGAGCAAGCGAUAAACAAACAAGAGCCGAACUACAGUUUCGCCAUUGUAUACAAACUGGAUUGAUAGUUCUGCAAAUAAGUUGAAUUUUAUCGCGCCAAAUAAUUAGUGGUUGGAAGUGUGUUGAAAACUUAAAACAGGAUAAGAGUGUGGGAAAUUAGUGGGUAGAAUCCGUAAGUAAACAUGUAUAGUGAAAACGUGUGAAUUUGGCCAGAAAAAUAGUGUAAAUACUUACCUGUCUACUUUCCCAGGUGUGCAAUUAACGAUACCUGGUGACACCUGAAACAAGGAGAAAUAACCAAAACUUACCGUGCAAGUGGUUACUAUUGUAAGUAGAUGCAUGAAAAGAGAAACUAUGCAAAAUAAGUUCACCAUUUCGAACCGUUUGUGAUUCCACUAGCAUCCACGCAACAAUCCUCCAAUUUAGGGUAACAGCACCUAACUUAAACCAGCCAUAAUUGAAGAGUAGAAAGAAGUCGUGGCAGAGGAAACCACUUAAUUUUUAAGCGUUGCUACAAAAAACUUGAGCUGCUCUAAAAACCUGGUUUCCCUCUCGGGAACAUUCUUAAAAAUUAAGUGACACCCGCGAAGUGACUUCCCCGAAGUUGUGUCAAGUGAGGAGUGAAAACCUGCAGCAAGAUGGCUUCCGAUGCAGAAUCCACCCACGACCAAACCAUCAUGGACCUCACGGCGACUCCGUGCGCCAUCUGUGGCCCAUCUACGCGCGACGAAGUGAUGGUCGGCUGUGACGGAUGCUCGGGAUGGUUCCACAUCCGUUGCGUGGGCAUCGAGGAGGGCAAACUGCCGAAGAAGUGGUACUGCCAAAACAAGGCCUGCCAGGAGAAGGCCCAGGAGUACCAGCAGAAGCAGAAAGACGCCAAGAAGCAGGCUCGCACCCGGAAAAACGGCAACGAGUCUGACAAAUCCAGCGUCAGCUCUCGCCUAGUUUCGUCUAGCGUGGAAGCGAAGGUGCGAGCGCUAGAAGAGAAGCAGAAGCGACAGUACGAGGAGAUGGAGGCGGAGCUACUGCUGCAGAAAAAGGAAAGGGAGAUGCAGCGUGCGUUCGAGCAGCGAAAGACGGAGUUGGAGCUGCAGAUGCGCGCUGAAGAAGAAGAAGAACAAAGGGCAUGGCGAGUGGAGAUGCUCCAGAAGAAGAAGGAGCAGAUUCAGCGGCUGAAGGCGAACAGAGAACCGUCCUUUGAGAUGCAAAUGGCGGCCAUGGAUGAGGAGCUAGCGGAACUUUCGAGUCAAAAGUCGAAGCCGGCGCCGAAAGUAGUCAAGGACGUUUCGCGAGCGAGUCCUUCCGGCAAAAUCAACAAAAACGUGUUGAAGCGGGGAAAGGCGAACGUGAAGAAGCCAACGCGAGACUACGAGAGCACCGACGGGGAAGACGAGGGCGACGAAAGCUCCGACGAUUCCGAUCUGUCAACCCAGAGUUCGGAUUCUCCCAUGGAAGCCAGGGCGAGAAAAAGCGUUCCAAGGAAGACGUGCAAGAAAGUGGGCAGUGUCAGCCAAAACGGGCUGGGGAAGCAGCAGACCGGACCGACGAAGGCCCAGCUGGCCGCGAGGAUGGGGUUAACGUACAAACUCCCAAAAUUCUCCGGCAAACCAGCGCAAUGGCCAUUGUUCUACGCGGCCUACAAAGUGUCCAACGAUGUCUGCGGUUACAUGAACCACGAGAACUUGAUGCGCCUACAGGAAGCCCUGGAAGGCGACGCUCUCGAGCUGGUGUCCGGGCAGUUGCUACUUCCCGAAACCAUUCCGCAGGUCAUCGAGAAGCUGCGACGGCACUUCGGCCGCCCGGAACAACUGCUUCAAUGCCUGCUGGACAAGGUGAAUCGGCUGGAACCCCCGAGGCCGGACAAUCUGAGGAGUUUUGUUCCAUUCGGAAACACAGUGGAGCAACUCUGCGGCCAUCUGGAGGCAGCGGAUCUACGGCAACACCUCGUCAACCCGCUGCUGAUAAAGUCGCUGGUUGCCAAGCUGCCGGAUCGGGAAAAGCGUGAGUGGGUUCAUUACCGGCGAGGUCGAGGGGAAACAACCUUGAGGACGCUGACGGAUUUCCUGAUGGACAUCGUGGCAGAUGCCUGCGAAGCUAAUGUUGACGCGGAGUUCAACCCACCGCCAUCGUCCGAAUCAGAUUCCCAAUCCGAAGAGGAGAGUUCGAAUGAGGCUGGGCUAUACUGUCACUGCGAAGCCAGCAGUUCGACCUACAACACAAGUGAAGAGAGUAAGCUGAAACCGUGCAAGAUGUGCCAAUCCAAGGAUCAUCGUCUGCAGCACUGCGCGGAUUUCAAGAAGUUGCGGUACGAUGAGCGUUUGAAGCUGGUGACGCACGAGAAGUUAUGCCAUGUCUGCCUCAACGAGCACGACGGGCAGUGCAAAUUGAAAAUCCGCUGCAACAUCGGCGACUGCAGAGAGUUCCACAACUCACUCAUGCAUCCGGUCGGAAACACGGUCGGGCUGAGUGCACCCAUAAGGACAAACUGCACGGUCUUGUUCCGGAUCGUUCCGGUACAGCUGCACUGCGGAGGCAGAACAGUUUCCGUGUUGGCGUUCCUGGACGAAGGAGCAUCCGUCACGCUAGUGGAGAAAAAGCUCGCCGACCGUCUGGGCGCGGUCGGAGUACAAGAGCGAUUGACCAUCCGGUGGACGGGAAACACGUCGAGAGUGGAGGAUUCCCGAAGAAUGAGUCUGUGGGCGUCGGGAACAGGCGCUGCUGCCGGCGGUAAGAUGCUGUUGCACACAGUGCACACGGUGGACAAAUUGAUGCUGCCACAUCAAAGGUUGGAUUCUGAGGAGUUUGCAGCACAGUACGAGCACAUGCGAGGGCUGCCCAUCGAAUCGUACGACGGACAACCGCAGUUGCUGAUUGGUGUGAACAACAUCCACGCGUUCGUACCGGUAGAAGCUAAGGUGGGUACGCCAAUGGAACCGAUUGCUGUUUGCACCAAACUAGGAUGGACGGUCUAUGGGCCGCGACAACAAACCCCAGCGGCGGCCGACAACUAUCUCGGUUACCACCGGCAGGUAACAAACGAGGAUCUGCCACCCGAGAGUUAUUUUGCGUCGAAAGAAUCAGUGGUGACAAUUUCACGGGGCACCGUAGCGAAGAAAUGGGCCCAGCGAAUAAGAGAGCGAACCACCCAACUCGUCGGCGAUCGCUGCGAAGCCGAAUCGCUGUCGAAGACCCGGAGACAAGAAAUUACAACGUGUCGUCAUCCGGACAGAUCUGGAAAAAUCGCCACGAACAUGGCGGUUCUCGUCCCGAACGCAAGAAGACAGGCUGAACAACAAAAUAGGCGGGUUCGAAAUCCGAAACGGGAUGAUCAACUCGCCGGAAGCUCGACGGUGCCUGGAAAAGGCAAAACCGACGACACCGACGCAUUUGAUAGCGAAGGAGAGAGUCCUAGGAGCGAUCAGGGAUCCAAGUGGGGAUCAGCGUUUUCGGCUCGCUUUUCGACGAGGCACCGCGGCGAGUUGUUGCCGCAGCUGUACGAGGAAAAGCGGCCGUCGAGAAAGCUCGUCGCAAGUGGCGCAAAACCAGAGGAAGUCAAAAUCGAUGGGCGAAAGGAGAAGUGUGUGGUGAUGCGCGCGCUCGAUGAGGGGCGCAAAUUGUCGGGCGAAAUUCUGCCAACGACACUAGCGGAAGCGGCUGGCAGUGGUUCAAUUCAGCAGGCGGUCGACGAGUGCAAUUAUUCGUGGUCGACGGGAAACCCCGGAAGUGUUCUAGAUGGAUCUUCAACGUUGCGGUAAUCAUGGUCUCA